ACAUGCGCCUGAUGCUGCACCCAUCAGAGCAUUAAAAGGAAGAACCAAGGCGGAUGUAAAGUGAUUUGUAAUUCAAUCUUUUCUCUCUUUUUUUUUUUCCUCUCAGAAAUCCUGGACGCUCAAAGAAGAUGAACGAACAUCGACUCAGCCCGAAGCCUCACAGAAAGGCCUCAGUACGCGCCGACCCGACUGCAGCGGCGAGGACGAGCUUACAUAUGGAUCAUAACUGUUCCAGCUGCAACAGCACUGCCAAAGCCUCGCCACACAGCUGGACCUUCAAUAAGACGCUCUCCCUCCUCAUCAGGAAAAAUAUUCUGAGGUUCCUCGACCCCGAGAGAGACAUCUCAAUAUUAAAGGGCACGCUAAAGCCGGGGGAUGUGAUCCACUAUGUGUUUGAUCGCCACAGCACAACAAACAUCUCAGAAAACCUCUACCGCCUGCUGCCAACGGUGUCCCCACUGAAGAACCAGCACCACAGGCGCUGCGCCAUCGUGGGCAACUCCGGCAUCCUGCUCAACAGCAGCUGCGGCUCUGAAAUAGACUCACACGACUUCAUCAUCAGGUGUAACCUGGCGCCAGUGGAGGCGUUCUCCCAGGAUGUGGGGCGGCUCACCAGCUUGGUGACCAUGAACCCGUCUGUGGUGCAGCGGGCCUUCCAGGACCUGGUCAGCGAAGAGUGGAAGGAGCGCUUCCUGCAGCGUCUCCGCAGCCUCAGCGGCAGCGUGCUGUGGAUCCCGGCUUUCAUGGCCAAGGGGGGCGAGGAGCGCGUGGAGUGGGCGCUUCGUCUCAUCCUGCAGCACACUGUGGACGUACGCACCGCCUUCCCGUCGCUGCGCCUUCUCCACGCCGUCAGAGGUUACUGGCUGACCAAUAACGUCCACAUCAAGCGUCCGACCACCGGCCUCCUCAUGUACACGAUGGCCACCCGCUUCUGCGAGGAGAUCCACCUCUACGGCUUCUGGCCGUUCCCUCUGGACCUGCAGGGCAAGCCGGUGAAAUACCACUACUACGACACGCUCAAGUACGAGUACACCUCCAGGUCCAGUCCGCACACCAUGCCCCUGGAGUUCAGGACCUUGAGCACUUUGCACAGACAGGGGGCGCUCCGGCUCCACACGGGGACCUGUGAUGCGGCACGUAGACUCCAGAGGGACGUCCAGAUCCAAUAGCUGGAUGGAAACCAUUGAAACCAUGGGAACCAUGCUCAUGACUGAGCAAAAUGUGACCAAACAGGUUUGUUUUUUUUGGGGGGGUGCAACGGUUUUGUUAAAAAACCACGUUCAGCGGUAGGAAGGAACACUUUUCAUUAAAGGUUCUGGGUUUGGGGAAAACACAAGAACGUUAUUUGGUAUUUGGAGGUGUCAAAAAAAAAAUGAUAUUGAAUGUAACAAAGUGCAGUUAUGUUUUCCAGUUAAUGAUUUUCAAGCAACACACAUAUUUCAACGGGCUGUGUUGGAAAAGUGCUGAAUUCAUACCACUUCUUAUAAAACAAGAGACCCAGCAAAUGAGAGCAGUGACUGAGACCCCAGAGCGGUACGAUGAUAGCAGGCCUUUUUUAUAAUUAGCAACGGGUCUGCUUUUUGCCCUUAAUGAUGUGACAGGGUGACAUCACGGCGGUCGUGCUGGUUCUGUUGGCGACCAGUCCUGGGGUUAACUGGGAUGGACCCCAGCAGACCCCCCGGAUGACGGAAAGAUGGAUGUGUGUUUUCCCACUUGUUUCUUGGAUCAACGCCUCCUGUGAGUCGCCGUGUGGACCACCAGGGGGAGGCACUGAAUAAUCAGGGAGGGUGACAUGUACUUAAAACAACUAAAGGCUGAGCACCUCCUAUCAAAUCUGUAUCUUUUCAAAAUGAUGAAUGUUUUUUCUUAGGAUCUUCCUUUUGCGGAGAGCAUUUUUGGUGUUUUUAUGGCUCCUUAAAAGUACAUAAAGCAGUGUUAAAACCAUUUAUAUGAUUUAAAAAAAAAAAAAAGAUUUCUAGUGAAGCGAAGCCUAUGUGUUUCUUAGGUUGCCUUGAAAACCAAACAAAAGGGACGGGAUCAUUGAUUGUAACUCCCGUGAAGAUAAAGGAGUGUACCAGCUGUUCACAUGUGAAUGUUUACUCAGCCGACAGUGAAAGCACCACGAGGGGUCUCUCAAAGAGCGCUGUCUCUCUGUGUUAGGAAAGAGCUUUGCAUUUUUACACGAAUGUAUUGAUGAUUUUCUUACAAAAGCUGUUGUAAAUUACCCCCCUAAUAUGCUUCAUAGUGGCAACAGUUUACUGCAAUAAGUGUAGGAAGUUUGAAACGUACAAAAAGCUGGGAUGCUGUGUCAAAUGUAAAUAAAGACAGAUGGCGAUCAUUUGCAAAUCUCAGAAAACUUUAAAUUUUACUCAUAACAGAAUGCAGAAACCUGUCGAAUGAUGCUAGUGAGUCAUCUCAAGUACAGUUGGGACGUGGGCAACAAUUUCACCUGAAGGCAACAGUGGGGUUGGAAAGUGGGUAGAGGUAGCGCUGGCCAUCGGGUCACCGGUAUGUGAAGAACAAUAUUCCAUCGUUUUGAGAUAGGCCACAUAGUUUCACCAAAAAACUGCAAAUAUGAAGAAAUCUUUGUGUGCAUCAAACACCUGUAUCAGAAUUGGAUACAUGUGACCUUUGUGCCGUCAGGCACAUUAGGGACUAUGGGAAUAAUGCCUUUUUCAGGGAAGGCUUUGCACCUUUCAGCAACACAAUCCUAAACUCUUGCUGAAUCAGUCUGGGGCCGGAUUCACAAAACAUUCUUAAGAAAAAAAAUCUUCUUAAGUGUCAUUUUUUUCUUAAGUUCAGUCUUAAGAAGAAAAAAGAGAAUAAGUCAUAUUCUCCAAAAAAGUUCUUAAGUAUUUUCUCAACUUUCUUCUUAAGUUUCUUAAGAAAAUACUUAAGAAUAAAUGGUAUUCUUGAAAUAAAAGUUCUCAAAUUUGUUCUUGACUUUUUUCUUAACUUUAAGACAACCUUGACCUGUCUUAAAAUUUCUUCUGUGAAAACGUAAGCGUCUAAUAUCACCUUUUUCAACACAUUUUAGACAAGUUUAGACUAGUAGGUCAUAGUUUGAGGAUAUACUUGUUAACUGUUUGUUAGCAUGUUAGUUAGCGUGGUAGUUAAUCAUUAUUAAUUUUCCCCAAUAGUAUUUUUUUUCACACAUUAAUCUCAUCCACCAUAACCUUGAAAAGUUCCUGCAUCUCUUUUUCUCCUUCUCCAUGUUCAGUGAGUGACUGACGGUUAAGAUGCAAACUACCUGUAUAAAUGUUGUUUGUUGGCGCCUUCAAUGCAAUUACAUAUUUUAAGAAGUUCUUAAGUAGGAAAAAUACGAAAUUCGUAAGAAAUGACAGUUCUUAAGACGGUUCUUAAGAAAAUAUUGAGGAAUUGCACUUAAGAACUUUCUUAUGAACUUCUUAAUUUUAGACAUUUCUUAAGAUCGUUCUUAAGAACAUUUUGGUGAAUCCGGCCCCUGGUCUCCGGGUUUCCCAGACAUUUAUUUCUUAAGGUGGAACAUGUCCUCAGGUGAAACUAUUGAUGUUUUCUACGUUCCAUUGUGCAUAAAACAUGUGUUUAUAACAUUUUCAAAUCCAUUAUCAUAUCUUUAUGAACAUUUGAUACAGUAUCCCAGUAGAUAAGGAUUUACGGAUGUAUGACUUCUACUUGUGCAACACGCCUGGAUUAGUGUUGAAACAACGUAGGAGAGAUUGUGAUAUUUGUAGAUUUAAUUUAGUCGCUAUUUAGUGCCUGUAAUCAAAAAAAAUGCCACAGUUUACAAGUGGAUCUCACAUGUUCGGUAAUUUGAAGGAAAAAAAAAAAGCGUUCAGGGUUUGCCUAAUUUUUUUCUUAAUAGGACUAGAAAGAUUACUUCUUACAUAACCUUUACUUCUGACACCUUUAGGGCUGCAGAAUUGUUUUUAAGUCAUGGUAUUUCUACUUUCAGGACAAAAUAUAUUGUGGCUUUAGGUUAUUUUUUCUCUUGAUGUUUGUUUUUUUGCGUUUUUUCUUUUUUUUUUUUUAGUAUUUUUCUGGCACAAACUGUCUCUGUGUCUGAAAAUUACCAGAAGCAUCUGAAAUAUUCGGAGAGCGCUGUGGCUAAAAAAGUAGAGUCUCGCGCUCCCGUCCAUGUGAUGCAUUUAUAAAAGUGUUGUUUUGACAGGAUGCCCCGGUUGACUUGCUGCCAAUUAAGAGGAGACAUGAAAGUUGUACGAGAGACGUCAGCAGUCUGAAGCAAUGAAGGGUUUGUUUGUGAAAGUUUGUCUGAGCUUUGCAAAAAUAGCAACAUUCUGCAGCCAAUACCGUUAAGUUAAAUUAACCCAGAAUCUGGAGUUUGCAGCAGCGCAGAAGCUUUCUGGUACCCAGUUUCUGCCGUAAUGAUGUGGGAGAUUGUGUUUUAUACUUUUCUGCCUUGUAAAUACCAGCAUUUGCAUGCUUCCCUCAUCACGACGGAAACAACUGGAGCGUAUUUAAAUCUUUGUUUGUACAAUUUUCAGUUGUCACUCAUUGACUCUUGAACUGUACUGACAGUGUGAAUGUACUUUUUCUGUUGGGGGGAAAAGAACACAACACACAAAAGACCAAAAUCGGGAAACAUUUCAAGCCUUUAAAGCUUAAACACUUCAAAGGAUGCAGUUUUAUUCCAGCAGUGUUGUAAAGAAAAGGAAACCGGGUGCACAGACGUGGGUACACGUAGCGUCUGCCAGACUUAUUUUCCUUUAACUUCCAAAACAGAUAAAACAUGUCACUUCUUUUGGGUGGGGGUGGUUAAAUGAUUUAUUUUACAAGACUAACUUUCUGUAGUCAACAAUUCAACUCCAAUAAAAGUCUACAAUUAGCAUUUUUACAUGAGCAGGAUGUUUCCACAAUUUUCCACACAAUUAAAACGAAAUAGACAACGUUACCAAGGGUGGUCGGCUGGCUGGAACAAACUCACAAAAAAAAAGCUCCUGCAGCUUCCUGAACGUCACGCAAAAAGACCAAAAAUCAAACAUUCAACAGCAGCAACAUGAGGAAUGGGCUCACACACUGUACAUGGAUGGAAAUCUGCCAGUUAUUCA